AUGUCUGACGCGGAGACUUACGUGCGCCUCUUCUACAAGGGCGCCAGUCUUCUUGUGCCGAUGUCGUUUGUGCUAAACCAGCACCCUGGAGGUGCGGAGUACAUCCUGCAGUACGCCAAUCAGGACGUUACGAGCGCCUUUGAAGACAUGAACCACUCCACCGACGCGCAUGCGCUUCUGAACACCUUCGCGGAAGUCGAGGAAGGGGAACUCAAGGACAUCUACAACCCGGAAGAGUAUCAACGUAAGAUUAAACUAUCACACAGCUACGAGGAGCGCCGCUGCACCACGGAGAUGCGCCGGUGGCGCCAGAGAACCGCGCUGGUCACGGCGACGACGACACUGGCAGCGAUGGCGGUUGCCGCGUAUGUGCUGCGACGUAGUCUGAAGCGCUCAUGA